AUGGCGACCGAGUUUGUUGCGCAGAGCCAAUCAGCUGUAUCUUAAUGGGAAGCAAGUGCCUUGCCGGGUGAUUCUUAGCGUUAUGGCUGCUUGCUGUGCUGCUUGCUGUUCGUGGCUGAGAUGGAGGACGAAGUCAGUGGGGACUGCUGUGAUAGCAGCCUCCCGCGAAGUAGGCCCUAUGGGUCUUCGGUUGAGAGGGCCCGGCUGCCUUCGCCUUAUGCGGCUGAGUUCGACGACAAGCUUUAAUGGCUCUUCUGCCACCUCUGUAGCGAUGACUGUGGAUGUUGGAAGCAAGAAAUUGGAAAUAUCUUCAGGAAAACUAGCCAAAUUUGCUGAUGGUUGUGCUGUAGUUAAGCUAGGUGAUACAGCAGUGAUGGUGACAGCGGUCAGUAAAUCAAAAGCUUCUCAAGCUCAGUUCCUGCCUUUGGUGGUUGACUAUCGGCAAAAGGCUGCUGCUGUAGGAAGAAUACCUACCAAUUACUUGAGAAGAGAACUGGGUACUACAGAUCAUGAAAUUCUUACAAGCAGAUUAAUAGGAGCUGUAAGAGUUGGAAUGAUUGAUGGAGAAGUUGUUGUUAAUCCCACUCGAAAAGAAAUGGCUUCUAGUACUUUGAAUUUAGUGGUUUCUGGAGCCCCUCGGAGCCAUAUUGUUAUGUUGGAAGCUGCAGCAGACAACAUCCUGCAACAGGAUUUCUGCCAUGCCAUCAAAGUAGGUUUGAAGCAUACCCAGCAGAUCAUUCAAGGCAUACAGCAGCUGGAAAGAGAGCAAAGAAUCAAAAAGAGAACUGACCAGAAGUUAUUCACUGCCCCUGAGGAGAUUGUGAAAUAUGCACAACAACUUGCAUCUGAAAAAGUCACAGCAGUAUUUUCAGACUUCACACAUGAUAAAAUUUCAAGAGAUGAAGCUAUCAACAAAAUCAGGCUUGAAACAGAAGAACAGCUAAAAGAAAAGUUUCCAGAGGCAGAUUCUUAUGAAAUCAUGGAAUCAUUUAAUGUUGUUACCAAGGAAAUCUUUAGAAAUCUUAUCAUGAAUGAAUACCGAAGAUGUGAUGGUAGAGAUUUCACUACACUUAGAAAUAUCAGUUGUGAAGUGGACUUGUUUAAAACUUUGCAUGGUUCAGCUUUAUUUCAAAGGGGACAAACACAGGUCCUGUGUACAGUUACAUUUGAUUCGUUAGAAUCAAGUAUUAAAUCAGAUCUUAUUACAACAGUAGUCAGUGGAAUAAAAGAUAAAAACUUUAUGCUUCAUUAUGAGUUCCCUCCAUAUGCAACUAAUGAGAUUGGCAGAGUUUCAGGUUCAAAUAGGAGAGAACUUGGUCAUGGUGCACUUGCAGAGAAGGCUUUGAAAUCGGUGAUUCCAAGUAAUUUCCCCUUCACAAUAAGAGUUACUUCAGAAGUUUUAGAAUCAAAUGGGUCAUCAUCGAUGGCUUCUGUUUGUGGUGGAAGUCUAGCCUUGAUGGAUGCAGGAGUUCCCAUAUCAUCUCCCGUAGCAGGUGUUGCUGUUGGUUUGAUUACCAAGCCAAAUCCUGAAAAAAAUGGAGAUAUUGAAAAUUAUUGCCUACUAACAGACAUUCUGGGAAUAGAGGAUUAUAACGGUGAUAUGGACUUCAAGAUGGCUGGGACAAAUAAAGGAAUCACUGCCUUACAGGCUGAUAUCAAGAUACCAGGAAUACCUUUAAAAAUUGUAAUGGAAGCUAUUCAACAAGCUACAGUUGCAAAGAAAGAGGUCUUGCAAAUUAUGAACAAAGUAAUUGCAAAACCUAGACCAAGCAGAAAAGAGAAUGGACCACUUACAGAAACUAUUCAGGUAUCAUUGUCAAAAAGAGCAAGAUUUCUUGGACCAGGAGGUUAUAAUUUAAAGAAACUUCGAGCUGAAACUGGGGUAACUGUUAGCCAAGUAGAUGAAGAGACUUUUUCCAUAUUUGCUCCAGUACCAGAAGCUAUGUAUGAAGCAAAAGAAUUUAUUAAGGAAUUAUGCAAAGAUGAUCAAGACUAUCAGUUGGAAUUUGGAGCUAUUUAUACAGCAACAAUAAUUGAAUUAAGAGAUGCUGGGGUAAUGGUAAAAUUAUACCCAAAUAUGACUCCUGUUCUACUUCACAACUCGCAGUUGGAUCAAAGAAAGAUUAAGCAUCCUAGUGCUAUUGGAUUACAAGUUGGUCAAGAAAUCCAGGUGAAAUACUUUGGACGUGAUCCAACUGAUGGAAGAAUGAGGCUUUCACGAAAAGUACUUCAGAGUCCAGCUACAUCUGUUGUUAAAACACUGAAUGACAAAAAAAGUAUAGUAAUAGGAAGUGCAGUUCAUGAGUCUGCCAAUUCAGCGUAGCACAAGAAUCCUUCUGAACUAGUAGAACUGUUCCCUUUGAUAGAAACUGAGAAAUUACUGGUAAUAUAUACAGGUUUCUAUAUGCCCAUGUACAUUUUAAAUUUCAUAAAAAUAUGAUUUAAUACCAGCUAAUUUUUCCUUGUUUUAAAGCCUUCAAAGUUCUUUUCAAAAAUAAGAAUUCAUAACACCUUUGUACGUUGUAUAAAAGCUGACAGAUAUUUUCAAAUGAAUAGAAUGUUUCCAGAAGUAUACAAUAUCACUCAAAUACUGUUUAAAACCUUAUUUCUAGUGCUAAUAAGACAUGUCACAUAUAUAAACUGUUUCCUGAUAUUUGUAGAAAUUUGUAUUAUUACAUUUAUGUAAUAUAUGUUCCUAGAAAGAAUUUUAAUGGGAAAACAAAUCACGUUGAAGAAGAUGCUUCAGAACAUGAAGAAAUAAAAAUGCAACACCUGCCAGUAACACAUUUUUGAACUUUUGCUUUUCCCAGGGAAGUACGUUAUCUCAAACUGAAUCUUGAGAAGCAAAUAAAAGCGGUUAGCAGCUUUUAUUGACAAUAAAUACUCUUUUGUAGAAUUAUAGAAUCUACAAAUACUUUUUAAAAUGGAAAAUAUCUUCAUUCUAUAUAAUUUAUCUUUGAUUCUACAUGACAAGAAAAGUCAUUUGAUAUUAUGUGCCAUCAAGUCAUUUUCAACUGCUAUCUACUACAUAGAUUCUCCAUCACAAUCUGUUCCUAACACGAUCAUCCUCUUCUCUUUCCUAUUAUUUUUCCCAACAUUAGAGCCUUUUCAGAGAGCUCAGUCUUUGCAUGAUGUGUCUGAAGCAGGAUAAUUUGAGCCUUGUCAUUUAUGCCAAAUGAGAACUCUGGGUUAUCUCAACAUAAUCAUUCAGUAUAAGCAGAUAAAAAACGAAUGCCAAAAUCUUACCAAAAAAAAAUUCAAUUUGUACAUACGAUUUUCAGUUAUAUGUAAUAUUUCAUUAAUGAAGGGUUGAAGGAAUAUAAAUGUAACAUGAAUAUACAGACCUUUUAUCUUAUUUUACUUUAAGCUAUUAAAGAUAUGUAAAUUUGUUGA